GCCAUGGCAGCCGCUGCGGGCACUUGGGCCUUUUCCUUCCCUGCCGUGCGGCGGAUGAAGCAGCUGCUGCUUCAGGGGGGCUCCGCGACUGACUGCCUCCAGGAGGCUAUGGCAGAUAUUGAGAAUAAUGAAGAGACAGGAAAAUUUGUAAUAGGACGAGGAGGCUACCCAAACAAAGAUGGUAUAAUCCAGUGUGAUGCAGCCAUAAUGGAAGGACAAGCUGGGCGUUUUGGAGCUGUAGCAGCUUUGCAUGGGAUUGGAACUCCACUUGCCGUAGCACGUAAGGUCAUGGAAGAGGCUCCACACAGUUUUCUGGUUGGGGAUGGUGCUGUGGCUUUUGCAGAAGACCAAGGCUUCACUGUGGAAGAGAAUAGAAAUAUGAUGAGUAAGCAGAGUACUGAAGCUUAUCAGGAGUAUCUAGAAAAUGAAAAAACCUUGAAGAAACAUGAUACUUUGGGUUUGAUUGCCUUGGAUAUCUAUGGAAACAUAACUGUUGGUGUUUCUACCUCUGGAGCUCCUUUUAAAUAUCCAGGAAGAGUGGGAGAUUCCCCAUUGCCGGGAUGUGGCUUGUAUGCUGAUAAAGAGAUAGGGGCUGCAGCAGCUACUGGCGAUGGAGACAGGAUUAUGUGCUUCUGCCCUUGUUUUCAUGUAGUCCUGCUAAUGAAACAGGGCUUGUCUCCUAUGGAUGCAUGCCAGACUGUUGUCCAGGAUAUCCUCCAGCGAACAGGAACAGAAACUAUGUUUGAACUUGGAAUCAUUGCAAUGAAUAUGAAGGGAGAAGUUGGAGCUGCUUCAUCAGUGUCAUUCCCGUACUGCAUCUGGUCACAGGGAAAGAACUCCGUAGAACAAGUGGAAUAGGUUCCUGCUUCCCUGCUGUGGGGUGAGGUCCACAUCCACGCACCUCCCCACCCUGCCUCUACAUCCACGUAGCAGCUUGGCCUCUCUAUGGACGCGCAUACCUGGCUCCAGCUUUAGCACGGACCUUCCCAACACUUCCCGCCUUGCUUCAGGCAGACCUUGGCUGUGUUUCACCAUUUCCCCCCAGGAGGCUGGCAUGUCGAUCCACUUAAAAGAACACAUUCUUGUGGAUCUGAUUCCAGAAAAAACCCGACGUUUUCUGUCCAUUGGAGGCCA